GUCUUCAUUCUACACUCGGGCGGAGCGAAGCACGUGAUUGGAGUGGUGCUCGUCAUCGAGCAGCCAUUCGACCGAUCCUUAGUGAGGAACGCUGCAACGCCAAACACAUCCUCCACUCGAGUAGCUGAGUCGUAUGCCAUCGAUGUCAGCAAUCGCCAUCGAGCCCUGGGCUUUCUCGAUUCAAUUGAGGUAGAGAACAUCUUGAACAAUCUCACAAGGGCAGCAGACAAGCUGAUUUGCUUAAAAUGGAACAAGGAACAGGCUGCGUUCACGGAUGUGGCUUACGCAGACGACAUCACGUUGCUUGACACUUCUCUGGCGUUCAUUCCGAGAAUUCUCUCAGCGCUCAACGAGAUAUCGAUCAAGUUGGGCCUGGAGAUUUUCGGCACCCUCUCGCAGCGUACCGAGUUGCCGCUCUACCAGACCUGCAUUUUGCCCGUCCUACUGUAUGGAGACUACUGUCCUAGUGGUGAGACCUGGACGGUGCUGAAGGUGGUCUCAAACCACCUUCAGACGUUCCACAUGUGGAGACGGUUUCUCAGCAACGGCUGGCAUGACUUCAUUCGCAACGUGGCAGUCGUCGAAAUAACUAGCAUACCCGAUUGGCGACAUAAUCGAUCAGCGCAGAACGGCGAGGGUGGCCUGCCUGGCGGUGGCCCAGAAGCAGAACACGGAUCACGUGGACGAGGCCCGCCGAUUCCAGGGCAAUGA